AUGAAUGGAAUAGCUCCCGAUACUCCUUCAGGGUCAGAGACCCUUUUGAGAAGGCCUAAGAAACGUGCUGCAGUUAUCGGACUUGGCAUGGUUGGCAUCGCCUUUAUCGAAAAGCUUCUCAAAUACGAUCUUGAUAGUGGCCGCGAUGAGUGGGAAGUCACUGUAUUCGGAGAAGAAUCACAUAUUGCAUAUAACCGUGUUGGCCUUACACAGUACUUUACGAAUCGCUCCACUGAGAGCCUCUACCUAAAUCCACUACAAUGGUAUUCAUCACAUUCAGAGGGAAAAUUCACAUAUCAUACCUCGGACCCCGUUAUUUCGAUUGACCACCACGCCAAAUCUCUCAAAACAGCCAAUGGACUGCAUUUCAAAUAUGAUGAAUGCAUCCUCGCCACCGGCUCUAAUGCGGCAUUGCCACCGUAUAUUUCAUCGCAACAAUUCCAGAAAAAUCGAGGAUGUUUUGUUUACAGAACGAUCAAAGACCUUGACGAUAUCAUCGGGUAUGCAGUAAAUGCGCCCAGAGUCAUUGGGCAUCGUAUUCGCAAAGCAGCUGUCAUUGGUGGUGGCCUUCUCGGAUUAGAAGCUGCCAAGGCCCUCCUUGACCUUGAGGAGAUAGACCAAGUUGUCCUUGUAGAGAGGAACCGCUGGGUACUUAGUCGCCAACUUGACCGAGAAGGUGGCAUGUUAGUAUUGGAAAAGGUCAGGGCACUUGGUGUUGAAGUUUUGCUUCAGGCCCAAGUUCGAAAUCUCUUAUGGAAUGACGAGGGCAGACUCACUGGCCUCCUUCUUCAGGGUAACGAUGGGCUGCAAGAUCAAAAAUACGAUGUCGAUAUGAUCGUAUUUGCUGUUGGGAUCAAACCACGAGAUGAUCUCGCCAGAAUUACCCCCAUAGCAGUAGCCAGUCAAGGUGGCGGAUUUAUCGUCGAUACUCACCUCCAAACUAAUCUACCCAAUAUAUAUGCUAUUGGAGAAUGUGCCAACUUUCUUGACGAAACUUUUGGCCUCAUUGCUCCUGGUGUCGAGAUGGCUGAGAUUCUCGCCUUCAACUUGACAGAAGGACCGUACCACAGCAUGAGAGAGAUGAAAGCUCCCAAUACCAGCACCAAGCUCAAACUGAUGGGCGUUGAUGUCGCUUCCUUUGGUGAUUUCUUUGCAGACCAGGGAAAGAUCAGCAAACCACUACCAGGAUCGAUAAGCGCUCAUGCGGCUCGCAAGGUUCAAGCAACACCUCAUACUCCAGACGAGAUAAAGAAAAAAGUCAAAGCACUAACAU